AUGGGAGGAUCGUCCAUCACUCCCUUGAAAGGGUAUGUAAAGCCAACUGAAAGAGCACUGAACUACAAAGCCAGAUUAAGCAAUGCUACCUUGAAAUACAAGGAUUUUAGAAUCGAUCGCUUAAAACCUUUAGAAAUUUCAUUUAUAGCUCUAAAUAUUCUUUUCCGUUCUCUCACUGCCGGGGUAUACAUGUACCUUCCCCAGCUACGCAAUUUGCCUGGAAAGAUAUUCUUGUCCUUCCAGAUCACAGGUAUAAUCCAGGUCUUGGGUUCUGAGGUCGUGUAUCGUAUGUCAGGUGUCCCCAACUUAUCUACAGCGGUGCAGAUUGAUAGUGCCCUCACACUUCUCAGCUGUAUGUGGCUAAACUCAUUCUGCUACCAAAUGUACGCAUGCAUUCGCCAUCUCAGGCUUCCUAAUGAUCUGCUACCUACUGAAGCAAGCAAGAUAUUCCGUCGUCAGGCGCUGUAUGCACUAGCACCGUGGAGCAUACUAUGUGCGGCAAGUAUUUCUUUGGAAAAUACGAGCAAGUAUUACCUGAUCCACAGUCGGAUACUAUUCCUCGUAGGGAUUUCACUCUCGAUAACUCUCAAUUUGGUUCUCCUCGGAUUGGUGGGAUACAUGUACCUACGUAAUCGGAACGCCAUGCGGCGACUCAGAAUUUCUAGUAAAGACAAAUUUGGGUCAAAGAAACAAAUUGUUUUCCUGUCAGUUAAGACAGUCUUCUUAAGUGGCAUAGGUAUAAUCGUUAGAAUUGGUUUCCACCAGGUGCAAGGUAUUGCACAGUUCGUGUACUACGUUCAUAUAGCUACGAUGGCCCAGGGACCUCUGCUAUUCGUUUUUUUCAUUUGUAACGAAUCAACACUCCCUUUGCUGAAGACGACCUUGCUAGUAUGGUGGAAACCAGAUACUGUCAGUCCGAGGCAAGAGUUGUGUUCGGCAGCUGAGAGAAAUCUGGAAAGGAGAGCCGCUGUUCACUGUACAUUUGCAGAAUCCUCGUUGUCAUGUCCUUGA